CGUCUAUUGUAAAACUUCAUGGCAUCCGGAAAGUUCCGUGAUGCGGUGUUUGCCAACACAUUCCACGGCCUGGGUCAGCUUCGUGAAGCAGGUCAGUUCUGUGACUUGCAUGUGACUGUAAGAGACCAAGACUUCUAUUGCCAUCGCGUGGUCCUCGCCUCCGUGUCUCAGUUCUUCAAGUCUCGCCUGGCAUCAACCCCCGAGGAAGGUUUUACUGCGCAUGUGCAAGUGGACCACGAGGACGUUUCUCCACAGUUCUUCAGCUCUCUGCUGGACUUUGUGUACAAAGGCAAGGACUUCGUCACCCAGAACACGGCUAAAGAUAUUCUGAAAAUGUCUGCUUACUUUCAGAUGGAUUUCCUCACGAACCAUUGCGAAGAGUUUAUUUUAAGAAAUAUUCGUCCUAAAGUGUGUUUAGGAGUCUGGCAGUUUGCGCAAAAAUACAAACUUCAUCGCCUCGCUAGCAAAGCCUACAAGAUGGCCGUGGACAGCAUUGACAGAGUGUCUCACGACGAGUUGCUUGCUCUGCCCAAGUCCAUGCUCCUCAUCCUACUCUCACUGCAAAGGAAACUCAGCAUGGACAACACCUGUAAGCUCAUCACAGACUGGGUGGCGGCCGAUCAGGAUAAAAGAGCUGUUCACCUGACAGAGUUUCUUCCCUUCAUCUCUUUCCCACAUCUCAGUUCCUCCUAUUUAAGCGAGCUUAUGAUAAGCCAGAGUAAUGAAAUGAGAAAUGUCUUCUUUGGUUAUGUUUAUUUAGAGAGAGUCAGCGAGGGUGUGACCUUUCACCUGAAAGGUAUCAGAGGAAGAGACAGCAACAGUCAGCAGCGAAUCCUGGCCCAACAAUCCGUGAAGGUCAACUUGCCCGAGAUCCAGUCACGUGCUGUUCUUCUCGGGGGAGUAACAAGGACCGGCCAUUCCCUCCAGAGGAUUCUCGCUUUUGGACUGCAGGACACUAUCCUGACACAUCGCGACUUGGAGCCCAUUCCAGAAGCUACAGGACCGCACUUUGCAAGCUGCACGUGGAGAAACGAAGUCUACCUCAGUGGCGGCACUUUGAUGCCAAAGUUCUUUGCUGUGUACAAACCACGUGACAAUCAGUGGCAAGUCCUGCCUGACCUGACUGGCCAAGGUCUGGAGAAACAUCCAAUGGCCGCCGUCAACUCCUGCAUCUACGUUUUGGGGGGAAUGGAGAAGAGGACGACGGGAGAAAAGAGGACGUCACCACAGGUUUCAAUGUACAAUGUAAGUACCAGCACGUGGAGUGACGUAUGCCAACUGUCAACCGGCGUCCGUGAAGCUUCUGCUGCAGUCAUUGGUCACAGAGUGUACGUCUUCGGCGGGACGGACUCAAGGGAAGAGAACACAGACUUGGUCCAGUGCGUGGACACGCUGACUGGCCGUGGGUACGUUGCUGGCAGACUUCCCUCCGCCACGUGCGGGUCACGUGCCCUCAGCAAUGGCGGCAUCAUUUACGUCGUGCUCACCACGGGAGAAGUGCUGCAGAUGUGGGAAGAUUUCGACAUGGCAGAACAAGCAGAACAUCUUUUAGCUACAGGGAGAGACAUCGGCACAGAAGACAAGUCGACAGUUUCAUUCAAACAAGUUGCUCAGGUCUCAGCUCGCUAUCAGUUCGGUGCGUGCCUGCAUGACGGAGAGAUCAUUCUAUGCGGUGGUCACACUGACACAGGCGAUCCGCUGUCUUCUGUAGAAAGAAUCAACACCACCGGCCACAUCAUCAGCAGACGAACCACCCUGACCUCGGGGGCCACGAACUUUGACCUCCACGUUUUAAACGUGCCGCAGAUACGUCUCACUAAAAUAAAAACCAGAAAGCAUUCUUUCAAAAGUGGGGACAGAGUGAGGCUUCGGUCAGAUGCGCUUCAAACGGUCAGAAAUAAAGCUAAUGAUAAUAUCAUCGUCCCUCAGCAGAUAACAGAGUCGACUGGUGAUGGCGUAAUACAAAGAUUGUUGGGGAGUUCAGAGGUCAUUGUGGAUUUUCCUAACCUCAAGGGAUGGAGAUGCCGUGCAGAUGCACUGGAGCCUUGUCUAGCGGCUACAAAUAGAAAGCAUCGCAAUCAGUAAAGUCGUUAAAAUUGUCAGCAAAAAGAAUGGUUUCAGUGAAGCACAACCCUCAAAUCAUCUUGGUCAGGUGAGUGUCACGUGUGUUUCCACCAUCA